ACACACAUUCAGGGGCGCAUCCAGGUAUAAAGUGGUUGGGCUGAAGCCCACCCGAGAAUUUCAAAUUAUGUAUAUCAGUAUAGGUAUAAUAUGCAUUUCUCAAGUUUCUGGCGUAUUGGUUUGGUAUUUCAACCUUCUCCAAGCCCACCCAAGUUUGAGACUUGCUAUUGUUGUUCUUUUACACAUUUUUUGUCUUUUAUAUAUUUCCUCUCUUCUUCUAAUUGUCUUGGACAUUGGGCCUCUACUGUGUGUGUGACUUUGGAACUAUUUGAUCGUUAAGUUUGUAUUUUUUGUUUUAUCUUUAAGUUAGCAUUUUUUCUUACACAAUAAUGUUAUGUCAUUUUUUUAGUGGUUGCAAAGAAACAUGAAUUUUGUUUUACUUUUUAUUUUCAUUUGGGAUAUAUUCAUAGUUUUCUUUAUUUUGAAUGUAGACCUAAAACACGGAUGUAUUAGAGGAGUGUUCUUGUAAUGUCCUCAUAAUAGCUCUUUCUGACCACUCUUAUGAGGCAGAAGAGUAACACAAAAAAAACUAUUAUCAUCAUCAUUGUGGUUGUCAUUGCUUUUGUAACUAUGCUUCUCGGUGGCUUAUGCAUUUUCUUACGAGUCAAGCAACCAAGGGUAAAACUUGAAAAUCAUGAUACUUCCGAAGAAGUUAGUUUUGUGGAUUCAUUACAGUAUGAUUUUGAAAAUAUAAGAUCUGCAACAGAUGACUUUUCUGAUGAAAAUAAGCUUGGCCAAGGUGGAUUUGGAGCUGUUUAUAAGGUAACAAAAUAG